AUGGCUUCUUAUGAAUCUUUCAAGCAAACAAUCCCACUGAAGCACUCGUACGACAAGGACAGUGUGAAAAAUCUGAGUGAUAUCAAAGAAGCGAAGAAGAGGGAUUUGCGCAAGUGCGUGAAGGAGUCGAAGGGGCCGAUUGCCAAUAUGACGCUUUAA